ACCGUUUGCCUUAAGUUUUCAAAUAUUUAAUUUACGCAUUAUUACACACCCAGAAUCAAUCAUGAGCAAAGUCAGAGGACCAGCUUUGUACCGCCUGGUGCCCUCGAAAACGCUCUUCAUGCUGUGCGACGUGCAGGAGAAGUUCAAGCCGGCCAUUCCGCUGCUGAGUUCGCUCAUCGAAAACACUACUAAACUGCUGGCAGCCGGCAAGGUCUUCCAAGUGCCACUGCUGGUCACCGAGCAGUAUCCCGAGAGGCUGGGCAAGACCGUUUGUGAGUUGGACAUCAAGCAUGCCUGUGCCAAUAUUUCCAAGACCAUGUUUUCUAUGCUGGUGGAGCCCGUACGAAAGAGUAUGACGGAUAUCUUCGGUGGCAAGCCCAAGACGGUGGUGCUUUUCGGCCUGGAGACACACGUCUGUGUGGAGCAUACGGCCUUCGACCUGGUAAACGAUGGAAUCGAUGUCUGGCUGGUGGCCGACUGCUGUGCGUCGCGUUUCAAUCAGGAUCGGGAUUUGGCUUUGGAGCGCCUGCGUCACAUCGGCUGCAAUAUAGCCACUUCCGAGAGUGUGAUAUUUAAUCUGCUGGGGGACAAGAACAACAAGUCCUUCAAGGAGAUUACUCCUCUGGUGAAGAAGAUCUCCGCAGACAUGCAUCUAUGCCGCGUCUCAAAAAAUUAAGCCUGGCGGCACUUUUCAUGUCUUUCGCUCACUAAACCAUCCUUCCAGCACAUGCAGAGUGU